AGAUAAAGUCAGCUGCAUUGCAGUGCAGUGCAGAAGACACUCGAAGUGAUAACUUUAGUUCUAAAACGGAGUUGUGAGUUAUUAAAAUUAUAAUCAGUAAAACCUUAGCAGUUAAACAUCACAACUUAAUUUAGUGAGGUUAAGUAUUUUAUGUUGGUUUUUAAAUCACCAGCAUGAAUGUUCUUCGGCGAGGUUAUGUAAGUUUCAACAAAUUUGGGUCGCCGUUUUUAAGGUAUUCAACUGACGCUGCUAAAAAUGUACAAGAUGAUAUUGAUAAAAUGGUUAAGAAAACUAAAAUUGUAGUGUUUAUGAAAGGAGUGCCAAGUGAACCAAGGUGUGGAUUCAGUAAUGCUGUAGUACAAAUACUCAGAAUGCAUGCUGUGGAUUAUGAUGCCCAUGACGUUCUCAAAGACGAAAAUAUUAGAAAUGGUGUCAAAGAAUACUCAAAAUGGCCAACCAUACCACAGGUGUUUAUAAAUGGCGAGUUUGUUGGUGGUUGUGACAUUCUGCUACAAAUGCACCAAAGUGGAGACUUGAUAGAAGAGCUGAAGAAAGUUGGGAUACAGUCUGCACUGUUAAACAAAGAGAACGAAGAGAAAUCUAAAGACAAAUGAGACUGGAUGUAUUGUUAGAUAGAAUGUUAAUUUUGUGUUAUUUAUUUAAGUAGUUGUAAAUAAAUCUAAAUGAAUUACA